AAGAAUGACGGUCCUAGAGCAGCUUGAAGUACAAAAGAGUAACACUUCUGGAAAUGCUCAGGUGGAGCACCUCCACAAGCUCCAGGCUCCUGCUCCACCCACUGUCCCCAGAAGAGGACGAAAGUUGCUCCCAGCCCAGCAGGAGAGACUAGAGCGUAUAAAGGCUCAUCAGCCCAACAUCAACACACCAUGCGGGACUCGGUGGGUGACUGAGUAUACGGAAAACUUUGGUUUGCCGCAACCUGUCCGCUUAACUCCGGAGAAAACUGCACACUGGAAGGCCUCGAUCUUUUAUAGCACACGUAACCCUCAUUCUGCAGACAAGUGUCGACACACCGAAUAUCAGGCUCUCUACAGUCCUGAGACAGAUCAGUGCUUACAGACAGAUCAGUGCUCACAGACAGAUCAGUGCUUACCGCCACCUCUGGGGAAAGCUACCGCACGCCACUGUCCAAAGGCAUCCACUCUUCGGGGUGCUCCUCCUACAGCUUCCACAAAAGCUCUACCUGGACGAAAGUUGCUCCCAGCCCAGCAGGAGAGACUAGAGCGUAUAAAGGCUCAUCAGCCCGACAUCAACACACCAUGCGGGACUCGGUGGGUGACUAAGUAUACAGAAAACGUUGGUUCACCGCAAAUUGUCCGCUUGCCUCGUGCUCCGAAGAAAACUGCAUGCCGUUUGGCCUCGACCUUUCGGAGCAUACCCAACCCUCAUUUUGGAGACAAGUAUCGACGCUCCGAAUACCAGGCCAUCUACGGUCCUGAGAUCCGCACUGCACAAUUCAACCUUACUCUGUACCGACAGCUCCACGGAACGGCUUAAAAAAGCCACACACGAUUUUAUAGAGAUACUAGAGAUCCUGAUCCUUUCUGCUCUCCGGACCUGCCUGAUCCGUUUCGGAUGUCCUACCUCUGGAUGGAGCUCUCAUCUACUCCAAUUCCAGAUUGCUGGGACUACGGCUGCUUCUAAGGCCAACCAGACUUCAUAUAAAUCCAUAAUGAACUUUUACACACUAUCUGUUGUUACCCAGAUGAGGAUGGGUUCCCUUCUGAGUCUGGUUCCUCUCAAGGUUUCUUCCUCUUAACAUCUUAGGGAGUUUUUCCUUGCCACCGUCGCCACCGGCUUGCUCAAUUGGGAUAAAUUCGCACUUUUAAUAUCUGUAUACCAUGUUUAUAUUUCUGUAAAGCUGCUUUGAGACAAUGUCUAUUGUAAAAAGCGCUAUACAAAUAAAAUUGAAUUGAAUGGAAUAUAUAGGGAUAUCAUAGCCAUUUAAUCUGUUUAUUGUAAACCUUUAUUUUCCAUGAAGUGAUGUGUUCCUGGUCCACUUUCUAAGAAAUCUGGACAGAGGACACAAGAAUAAAAAGAGUUUAAAAUCACAAGGGGGAUAUGUGUUCAUACUUGACACCAUGGGAGGUUUGUCAUUUUCACUGAUAGUUCAGAUGCUCAUGGUCAUCCUUGAUUUGUUUACUUAUAUUCUUUAUUAUUGUGACAGAAAAGGAGGGACUAAAUCUGGAAUGUGAUGUUCAA